UUUAUUCGUUUUGGUUUAGGGUAUAAAAAAGUAAUUUAAAUGUACCAUUGAAAUAAUAACACAGGUUUUUGUAGUUAUAACAAUUAAUGCACUUUAUUCAUAAUAAUUAAUAAAUUUAUAAUAUAAAGUAAGGAUACCUAGCCGCGUCCAUAAGAUGUCGUCAGUGGAACAUGUCUUCCGAGUUCGUAGACUAUACAAACUGAUAUUCCGUGUGCACCGCGCUUUGCCCCCAGAACUCAGAAUCAUGGGUGACAACUAUGCCAGAGAUGAAUUCAAGAGACAUAAGAAAUGUAACCCUGAAGAAGCUAAGAUAUUCCUCAAUGAAUGGACGGAUUACGCGAUAACAUUGGCUAAACAGAUGAAGCCUAUACAACAAGCUAAAAAGAAGAAAGUUGGGGAAUACUUAGACCCAAAACUGUUAGAUCACAUGACUGAUGAACAGCUCGUUCAGUUGUAUGAGCUCCACAAAGCUGCCACAGAGCCUUCCACAGAUGAACAAAGUAUACCAGAUAAGAAAUAAUUAUUGUAUUACCUAUUUUAUGUAAAUAACUGUAAAGUUGAGUAUGGAUUGAACAGAAUAUGAAAGACUAAAUAAUUAUUAGUAUAUUUUUGUUACAUGUAUCUGACUGAUUUGUAAUAUUCGUGAAUUUGUUAACCUGGUAUACUAGAAUGUAGAUCGAUGCGAGACACAAUGACUGUGUUUUUUUUUGUGUUUCAUAUACAAGAGGUUUUUUUAAACAUUGCCCCACACUAGGAUUAUCUCCUGUGU